AUGAUUAUAUUAGUAAAAACAUCAACAGUUACAUUCUCAUUGGAUGUUAAUCCAGCAGAUAAAGUUGAAGUAUUAAUUAAAAAAGUAUGUGAAAGAACUUCAAUGUCAGAGUAUCAAUUCAAUCUUGUAUUUGCAGGUGAACCAAUGGAUGUUCAAGCAACAAUUGGAUCACAUGGUAUUAAAAAAGAAGGUACAAUUCAUUUACAAACAAUUAAAGAAUUAACAUUUGAUGUAGAAUAUGGUACAGUUGUCUUAAAAGUUACAAUUCCAAAUAAAUCUGGUUUAACAAUUUUAGAAUUAAAAAGUCAUAUUUGUUCAGUUUUAGCAGCAAAUCAACCAGAUAUUUAUUCACAACCAUUAAUAUUAUCACAAAGUGGUAAAACAUUUACAGAUAAAGAAUUAGUUCAUAGCGUUGUAAAAAGAAUGGAAACAUUAAUAUUGGAAAAGAAAUCAAGUUCAAGUGGUGGUGGUGGUGGUAGUGGUGGCUCAGGUGAAGAGAAUGGCAGUCAAAAUGUUAUACCAAUUAUUAAUAAGGAAGAGAUUUUAUCACAUUUCAUUGGUAAUUCAAUUUCAAAUGAUGUUGAGAUUGUAUUUUGUUUUGAUACUACAACAAGUAUGAAUGCAGUUAUUGUUGAAGUUAGAAAGAAACUUAUGGAAACCGUUACUAAAUUAAUGAAAGAGAUUCCAUUGAUUAGAAUUGGUAUUAUGGCAAUGGGGGAUUUCUGUGAGGAGCGUCCAUUGUAUAUUUUAGAUUUAACAACUGAUGUUGAUAAAAUUGUAAACUUUAUCAAUGGUGUAAAGGCAACAUCUGGUGGUGACGAGCCUGAAUGCUACGAAUUUGCAUUACAUAAAGCCAAAUUCCUAUCAUGGUCAUCUCAUACGAGUAAAGCUUUGGUCAUGAUUGGAGACAGUCCUCCACAUCCACCAUACUAUAGUAAUCAUCAUUUAAAUUGGGUUAGAGAAUGUGACGAUCUCGAAGCGUUGGGUGUCAAAAUCUAUGGUAUCGUUGCAAUUCAUGAAAAGUAUCGUUACUUUUAUCAAACUAUCUCUGAAAGAACUAGUGGACUUUGUAUACUUUUCUCACGUUUUGAAUUAAUCACUGAAAUGUUUUUAGCAAUUUGUAUGAGAGAAGCCUCUUCUGCAAAAUAUGAACAAUAUAAAAAGGAAGCAAAAGAAAGAGGUAAUGCUGAAGGUUUAGAUUCAAUUUUUAAUGAUUUAGAUAAACCAAAUUUUGAAGUUACCACCACACCAGCAUUGGAUGACAAAAAACCAGAAAAUGAAGAAGAUCCUAAUAAAAUCAAUACACCAGAGGGUGAAGGUAGUUCUUCAACUACUACCACCACCACUACCACUACUACCACCACCACUACCACUAAAGAUGCUCCAAUUAAAUUACCAAAACAUUAUGGUGUUUUAAAUUCAAAUUUUGAUAAGAAUGAAGAUUGGUGUAAUUUUAUUGAUGAUGAUCAACCAAAGACUGAAAGUUUUACAAAACCAAUGUUUGGAAGUCGUUAUAAGGCAUCUGGCAAGAAGUCAACUUACAAGAUACCUGUAUUGGGUUUAGUUAUUGGUAAUCAACAUAUUGGUUUCAAAUCAUUCCAAAAGACAUUAAUUUUGAAAACUUUAAAAGAUGAAACUAGAUUAUAUUUCAAUGAUUAUCGUUUGGAUACUCUUUAUAGUAUACCUUUCAAUUCAUUAUUCAUUGCAACUUUCUCAAUUGGAAAUGUCGACUCUUUUAAUGUUUUAACUGAUAAAAUUGAUAAACUUCAAAAACAAUUCACAAAUACUCCAAUCUAUUUAUUAGGUUUACAAUCUGAUAUUAAAAAUACAACCACUGCAUCAGCUAGUACAAAUGAAUCAACAACAACAACAACAACAACUAAUGAAUCAACAACUGCCACAAAUAAUACUCCAGUUGAUAAAACUGAAAUUGAUAAUUUAUUAAGAAACAAAAAUUUAUUAGGUUAUUCAGAAUGUUCAAUUAAUAAUCCUUCUUCCAUAACUGGUUUAGAAAAGAAAAUUAUAAAAUUAUUUGAAUCAACACAAUCAAAAUAA